GAAAAAAAUGACUUAAGACUGCUUAUGUUUAUAUAAUCUAUUUUUAGAUCAAACAAAAAUCUGCAUUACUAAUAAUAUGUAUACGUUUUUCAUGUCUUUUUCUCAAACACGAGAUUAAAGAAACAAGAGCGAUUAGAUUUUAAAAAUAUAUUAAAAACGUAUUUAUUUUCAGAUUUUGGCUCUUGCAGUGAGCGUUUCAGUUGUCAAUGAACUUUGUUAGAAAACGCAAUGUCAUCAUAAUCUACGGAUAACACUCGUACGUAUUGUAGAUCGAAGAAGUUGGAUAUGACAAUGCGAGAUCGCUAAAUAAUUAUAUAAAUUGAUAUAACAUGUGACCUCGAUCUGUGAACGCCGUUUCUCGCCGUCGAUGGAAAUUUGUUUGCACUGCUACUAAAAAAAAUACCAAGUUCUCGAAAAAUCUAUGUGUGUGUUCGAGGAAAAAAAAUCAUCAUCCUAUUCUCUCCGGGAAACUCAGUAUAUAGGGUCUAAUUCAGUUAAUGUUUCUUUUAUUCGAGUUUUUUUUCUCGGGUUUCCCGGUACAGCGACAGUGUAUUCGGAAUAUCCGUAGUAUAAUCUGGUACAGACAUGGGUGACAAAGUGGUAGGGGAACGGUUGCUAUAAAAGGUGCGCGCGCCAGACUGUGUGAGGUCAUACGCAGUCAGAACCUUGUGGAAGAAAUACGAGAGAGCUCUAUUACGCUCGAAGAAGACGUUGCGCGAAUUUGCAUCAGAAUAUAAAGUCGAGUGAAAGCGGAGAAAGAGACAGCCGCCAGUGAUUCAGUGGAGAAGUUAAAGCUAUAAAAGUUAGUCGUAUUUUCAACAGCGUUGAAAAUAAUUCGUUCAACGGCCGCCAACAAGGUCACAAAAAUUUCUACAUUCAGUGAAGUGUGCAAAAGAGGCGCCUUGAGGAUUAAACUAUCAAACGAGCAAGAAAAGAAGUUACUGACCGAUAUGACUCGCUGCCAGGAACCACAAUCCCAUCACGCACAAACCACAAUGGCCGACAGCGGAAAAUCGUCAUGGUGCGAGGAGUCGCGCUACUACGGACGCACCAUUACGUGCGGCAUGUUGCCGACCCUACGCGAGCUGGCUUCCAGAGGAUGCAAUAGUCGGGGGAGCGUUUGCCUCGUGCCUUUCAACAUCGAGAUGGACGCGGCCAGUCACCUUCAAAUGACACUUCUCGAGGCUUAUUGCCGGGAGAUCGAGAUCGAGGUGUUGAGCGUGCCCAAAGAAGUAAUACAGGCCCAUCUGUGUCCAGGAGGCACGGAUCUGUCGUGCGUCCUCGUAACCAACGACGAUCCAUUUUUCAUACCAAAGUUACCAAAAUGAAACUCAAAGACUCAUUUUUGAGAGAAUUGAAAUUUAAGGACCGAAUUGCGUACGGUCUUUUACCGAAGAACGGUCUCUAUAUCGGGGAGAUCUGCAUAAGAAGACAAAGGAGGAAGCUUUGUUUUGGCAUGCAAUGUGUCCUACGUGUCUCACCAGCGACGGUGCUGAUAAUGGACAUUUUAUAUUGUAAACAGCGAGACAUAUUCAAUUUAUGUCGCUAUUAAGUCUGUUCUUUUCUGCCUGUUUUGAAAACAUGUUCUUUCAAUCUUCCCCUUUCUCUCUUUUUUCUGCGACGCUCGAUUAUUUGUUUCUACUUGAGAGCGAAAGGUGUGAGACAAGAUAGCUGAAAAGAGCAGACUCAUUAUUGUUAGAACAAGAAUUAUGAUCUUAUAUCAAGCGAGUGAUACUUCUCUCGGAAUCAUUCGAUGAUUGCUGGAUAAGAAAUAUUGAUUAACGUAUGUAAUAUGUAUAUUUUUCAAUGUACAGCUCAGUGUAAAGUUUGUCGCGAGACAAACUAAUCUUUGUUGCGUAUGCUUUGUAAAAAUCGACAACCAAAGCGUUGUCGAAUGAAAGAAUUUAUAUAAUACCAUCUCAUUGAUAAUAAGAUUAUAUAAUAUUUUAAUAAAA